AUGCUGCGAGUCCCGUGUCUCCCGUUCCUGCGUCGACCAGCGACUAUCCGUCGCCUGUUCUCCACGAGCAAGUCGCGCGACUGGUUUGGGAUCGAGUCCGAGUACUUCUCUCUACGAGGUAUUGGGAUCGCCAGCCGCGUGUUCCGUGGCUUGCCGCAGCUCACGCGUUACAUUCGCGACACACCGCGUCAGAUCUUCGCGUCCCAGACAUCGGAUGAAGCACGGAGCGCCAUGUACGUGCUGUCCAAGUUCCCAAUGAACGGGCACGUGGAUUUGCCCGAGUUUGUGCUGGCUGCAGAGCAAGUUGCUCAUGUCGUGCUCUCGAGACUCUACAUGCGCGAGUCGGACGAGAUGAAGAGGUUCUGGGAGCAAGUGGCGACGUCCGAGAGCCUCGGGAUUCUCGGUCAAAAACCUUCAGUAGUUGUGAAAAGAUCGAGUCAACAGGCAAUUGAGGCAGGUUUGCCGGCGUCUUUGCCGUCUUCCUCUUUCUUGGAGCACCUUUGUAUCAAUGGGACAGCUCUAGAAGCCGUGGAAUACACGCGCGAACGAGUUGACGAGCAGGUCAUGCGUGAGUGGAUGACGAUCCGAGUGCAGUACGACGUCACAGAGCACUUGCGAGUGCUGCUGGGAGAAGACGGGGAAAAGAAGGGCUUGGGCGAUCGACGGGUGAUCAAUACACGAUUUGCGUGGACGUUCGAAGCAGAGGUGACGGAACCAGCAGAAGUGGCGUGGGGUAUCGUAGUAGCAUCUCCGUUUGAGGAAAAGCCGGUGGAAUGCACGACUAUUUAA